CAAAGCUUUUGUUUUACUUUAUUUGGCUUUACAACCUCUCGCUCCUUGUCUUUUGUCCUUCUUUCACGUCAGUAAUCCAUCAACUACCGAAUAAUCACCAUGAAGCUGUCUGUUUUCACCUCCGUUCUUCUCGCUGGCCUUGUUGCCGCUCAGCAGGAGAAGCUCCCCAAGUGUGCUCAACCCUGUGUUGAUCAGUACACCACUGGCGGCGGCGUCGCUGGAUGUGGCCAGCUCGACAUCAAGUGUAUCUGCAGCAACAAGAACUUCCUCUCCGGAAUCGCCUGCUGUCUCGAGAAGGAGUGCGAUGCUCAGGGCAAGGAGACCGCUGUUAAGUACGCCAAGCAGAUUUGCGCAACUGCCGGUGUGACCGAUCUCCCCGACGAUGUGACGUGCGACAAGAGCGCUGCUUCUUCUGGCACCGCUUCUGGCACCGCAACUGGUGCCACCACCCCUACCUCGAGCGACAGCACCAACACCGCCUCUGCCACCGGCGGCUCCUCUACUGUUGAGCCCAACGCUGGUGCGCGCGAGGGCGCCGCUGGUUUCAUUGGUGUUGGAAUGGCUAUGCUGCUUGCCCUAUAAAUGAUAUUGGGAACUGGUUUGAGCUGAGCGUUUACCUCUUGUCAAGAGGAGGGAUGUAAUGACAGUGGGCUAUCAGCAAAGUCCACUGGCCGUUUUCUGUUCUUUUCUAUGCAAAGAGUUGAGUUAUGGAGUUUGAAAUCAUGUACUACUUACUACUACUGUACGAUCGUCGCAAAGCUGUCAUUAUUGGCACUGGCAAUAAUACAACUUGGUACCCUUUGCUUGAAACUUGGUCUGUUAGAGCAACCUAGCUAUCAUCCGUUGGCUAUCGAUUUACUUUCUUCUAUAGAAAUGUGUUUGUGUCGUGUCUUGAUUGCAUCGAAUCGGCUGACUUGAAGCGUUACACUAGAAUCACCAUUGCAGGUUUAUUGAAAUCCCUGUUGAUUGUUGAACCUUGACAAAGAACAGACCAACGGGUUUUCGUAUACAAUCCAUCCAUUGACGAUGAAUACUCCCUUGUUGAUAAAGCGGGUUCCGAUGAAGAUGGAUGCUCUUUGAUGAACGAAAGACACCCCAACCAAUUACCCCACCAACAACGUCACUGGACAACGGUGAGCAGUGAGAACAACCCCACCAUGCAAGAGCUCUCUUGAAGAAUGGUCCAAAUCUCUCUCCACCAUCAUACGUGAAUCUUUUAAAUUCUUGUUGACCGCGCAUACCUCGAAAAUGGCUCCCAAGACAAUCAUUGCUCCCUCUAUCCUAUCGGCUGACUUUGCUCAGCUUGGCCAUGACUGUGCCCGCACCAUGAAGCAGGGCGCGGACUGGCUCCAUGUCGACAUUAUGUACGUUACAACUCGACAAUGAAGCAAUUGCCAUCAUACUGACUUGACAGGGACGGUCACUUUGUCCCCAACAUCACCUUCGGUCCUCCCGUAGUUGCUGCUAUCCGAGGCCACGUCGAUCAGCCCACCGAGGCCCACGGCCGGGGCACCUUUGAUUGUCAUAUGAUGAUUGCAGAGGUAGGCAUUGCUUUGCGAAUGCGAACAUGGGAAAUGCCGAGAAGCUUACGACGGUGAUAUAGCCCAAGAAAUGGGUCAAG